AAUUAUCUUCAUUUUGAUAUCGGCACUCUCAGUUCGAUAGUUUCUUAAGCAGAAAACGCACAUAUAUUUUAAGCUAUAUACAAAUAGGAAGGGUUAGAAGCUACUAGAAGACCUAAAGCGAUGACGUUCUGGCAAAUUAUAAGAAAACUGUUUUAGCUGCAUUGAGAGCACUGAAAAAUAUUAUAUUUCAUUGAUGGUUUGGAUACAACGAACUGAGAGUGCCGUUUUUAGCACUAGUGACUAUCUAAACGUUAUCGGACCACACUUUUAACUUCCAUUUAUUUAUUGAUAAUACCAUACGAGAAAAUUUUAAGAAACUCAAAGUAGAACUUUAUGACAAAUAGUGCUGCUUCCGUUAGCCUAGAAUAUGCGUAUAUUAAUUGAUAUGCGAACGCGUGGAAGAUGAAAGGAUUGAGUAAAAAAAAAUUUAUAGAAUUUUGUGUACAACGACUCGCAAUAUGAAUGAAAAAGCAGCAUUUCCUCGAACGAUUCCCAUUCAACCACGCUUUUCAUCUUUACACAAAUAUGAACACAACGAUUGAUGACGCUGAAGUGUAACAUGUUGAAAUAUUAAGUUCACUUGACGAUUCUUCAGAAAUGGCUGGUGCCGGCAAUAUGUGAGUUCAUCAGUCUAAAAAAUGGCUAUUAGCUUAUGACUCAGUAGGGCUGGUGCUUCAUUUUAUUAUAAUAAUAAUUUAUCAUACAAGCAAAAAAUCUGAUUAAGAAUUCAGCAUAGUGUGACGUGCACCCUAACCCUGCAAACGCAGCUGCUUAAAGGUAUGUCGCUAAGUAGAAAUCAAGACAUUUACUACAAAAUAAUAAAGAAACAUAUUUUAAUUAAAAUAUUCUUUCGCUUAUACACAACCCAAGUAAUCUUUAAAGCUUGAGUGAGUUCAGUUUAAAUUUUGCUGGGCCAACGGACGCUGCACAAAGUGCUUCUUUUGAGUAAAGUAUAUAAACAUUAUUAGUAAGCUUGCGGAAAAAAAAAUCUUAUAAUGAAUACUUUAAGCAAUGUUAUCUUAGCUUUACUAAUAAUCGCAUCUGAAACUGCUUCAAAAACUCACACUGAUUAUUGCAAACUCGGUUGUGCCAAUUCUAACACGGAGCAUGCUGUUUGCGCUAAUCAUGAUAAGACACUUAUUGAGAAUUGUCCACCUGAUACCAAAAUCAUGUCAUUAAAUGAUAUACAAUCUGUCAUAUUAAAAUUGCACAAUGAACGGCGUGAAUUUGUGGCAAGCGGCAAAGAUGAAACGUUACCACCCGCUGCACGUAUGGGUGAAUUAUUUUGGGACGAAGAAUUGGCCGACUUAGCUGAAUAUAGUGUAAGACGUUGUCUUAUAAGUGAUCCACAAUGCUACACUACGCCAACAUUGCCCAAUCCGGGACGUAGUGCAAAUAUUUAUAAAUACGAGAAAACAGAAGUGCCAUUCGAGGAGUUAGUGCCGUCACGCGUAGUUGAAUGGCUGGAAACAUCGAAGGCGUGUACGUCUGAAAUGGUUGCGAAAUUUCCAGAGAAUCCACAAGGGCAUGUCGACUUCUUCGGUCGUGCCAUAACGGAUAGUAAUAAUCAAGUUGGUUGUGCAGCAUCGGAAUGGGUGAAGGAAUCAAAUAAAUAUUUUCUAUUAGUUUGUCUCUACACGAAUGAUGUGCAACCGGCUAAAGGUUUAUAUAAAGUUGGUCGACCUGCCUCGAACUGCUUAUCGGGGUCGAGUAGUCAGUUUACAAAUUUAUGCAGCAGCAAAGAAAACUACAAGGUUGCUAAUUCAAUGCACGAACGUAGAAGAGUUUCGGGCACUUAUUCCAAUCACAAAUAUGGCACAGAUUACAAUGCACCCGAAGGAAGUCUUUGGCAGUUAGUGAUGUGAAAAGAAAGCUUAAAGAUUAAGUAAUAUAUUAGAUAUAGAAUGAAUUAUAUAUUUUAUGCAUGAACUUGUAUUUAAUUUCAUAAAAUAUAUCUGUAAGCCACUUUGC